AGUAGCUAAAGGAAAGUCAGCAGUGCUUCAGAUUGAAACAUGCCCAGGUAGAACCUGACUCUGCAAUAAGAAUGUGACGACAAGAAUAUGGAGAGGACCAUGGAUUGGUGCAGAAUUGUGCUUCAAGUAGAAGAGGACACUAUUAUGUGUGCUCCUUUGCAAACCUCAAAUGGAAAAUGGGUUAAUGAAGUCAUUCCACAUACAUCAAAUUUCCAGAUUUUUUUGAAAUUCACCAAUGUUACCGAAGGUGAUGUCGUCUUGCUAGACGAUCUUUCUGUGAAAUUCACUCCAUGUCUCACGCCAGCGCGUAUUACGCCGCAGGUAAAUGAGAAGGCACCGUCCUCACGGCGCAAAUCCCAACCAGCAAACUCGCCCAAAAAGUUCGUAUCUGAACGACGAGUUGCGGAAAUUAGCCAAGUUAUGAGGGAUACGGAAAAUUUGAAGAAGCGGUUUUGCAAGGAAGGGGAUUGCACAACCAUCGUACAUCACUCUUCCAAUCCUUCCAUUCCUCGCGAUCGCAUGUGCAUCGGACGAGUUGGAUUAUUGCAGUGUCGUGAAAAAUGCCUAAAUGAUGGCGCUGAAAGUGCCACCGCUCGAUGCGUUCGACAACACGAGUUUCCAUUUCAAAAACGUUGUCUAUGCCAAGUAAGACGUUCGCCAGUGCACAAGGUGGAUGGAGGCCGACUUGGAGCAAAGCUACAAAAUUCUACUGAGAAGCCAUUCAAACGAGCAUUGCCGGAGCCAAGGAAGGAAAAAUGGCAAGAAAUGCAGCUAGUUGGAGGAGAAGCACGUCUGUCGGAUGAACCUUGCGCUAAGGAAAAUGGCGAUGAGUUAUGCGAUCGAAAAUGCAUUAGCCAAGAUAUGAACAGUUCUGGACGUUGUCAAGCUGAAAAUGACCAUGUGGUGUGCCGAUGUUUACCUUGUUCAAUGUCAGUGUGCGAUUUCGAGAAGGAUACAGAAUGCGGAUGGACUGAUAUGCGAAUGAUAGACCAACGAUUUGGCAACGUUAGCAUUGCGUCGAAGCGCGACCAAAAGAACCGCUAUGGACUCUCACGCGUCGCCAGCGAAUCGCAUUCUGGAUUGUACCGGCAUGGACCAUUUGAGGGACCCAUUACUCUGUCAGUAGACGUCUACCCUACAGAAGGCAUAGAUGUGCGAAUUUGCGUAGACACGCUGCAAAAGUGUCAAACACAAAAAGUCACACCGAAAUCUUGGAAUCGAGUCAGGGCUAAGAUAAAGGUGAAGCGAGCCGACCGGAUAUUCCUCCUUUUCUUCAACAUGUCAGAUGAAGAUAGAGCGAUGGCCAUGGAUAACAUUUCAUUGAAGAGUGGACGAUGCGCUUCAUUCACUUGAAAGCUAUCUCCAUAAGCCUUUUUAGUAGAGUAUAGAUUUUUUGAUCCAGGAAAUGCGAGAGCAUGACCUAUUAUCGGAAAAUAUUCAAAUUGUGCGACCUAUCGUCGCACAGAUAGUGUUCUCAUAUAAGCGGGCAUCCUUUCUCACUUCAUUCUUUGAUUUCAUUUUGUAUCGGAGCUUCAUUUGUGAUCAUUCCAUAUACCUUAAUUGUACAUUAUGAAAAGGAAAAACUAGAAAUUGUUUAUACUAUAAAG